ACUCGAACUGCGAAUCAAUUGAUUUCAUUUCGCAUUUUGUACUUUAUCUGUGAAAUUUGCUCGUUUCAAGUGCUAAAUAAUCAACUAUCAUGAAAGACUGAUUGUCUCAAUGAACUUAUUGUUUACUAUUUUUUAGUUUCAAAGUGAUUUUUUAUAAUUCAUGUCAAGUGAGCCCACUGAGUUUCCAAAUUGAUCUGUGACUUUGUUUCGGUUUUAUUAUGAAAGAAAAGUCGAAAAAUGCUGCUCGAACUCGACGAGAAAAGGAAAAUGCUGAAUUUCUCGAUCUUGGAAAAUUGUUACCUUUACCUGCAGCGAUAACUGGACAAUUGGAUAAAGCUUCGAUUAUUAGAUUGACCUCUUCAUAUCUCAAGAUUCGUAAUGUUUUUCCAGACGGAUUAGGGGAUGGAUGGGGCACUCGACCCUCACCGGACGAUUCCUUAGAGUUUACCAUUAAGGAGCUUGGGUCACAUUUAUUAAGGACUUUAGAUGGUUUUGUUUUCGUGGUUGCCGACGAUGGUAAAGUAAUGUACAUUUCGGAAACAGCAUCGACCCACUUGGGAUUAUCUCAGGUUGAAUUGACGGGAAAUGGAAUCUAUGAGUAUAUUCACAUCGAAGAUCAUGAAGAAAUGGCUCGAAUUCUAAGUUUAUCAGCUGAAGAAACGGCUGAGUUAAGAUCUCUUAUUUUAUCUUCUCGGAACUCAUCUUCUACCUCAUCAUCUUCAUCGUCAAUAUUAAUUAACUCAUCUCAUAAUCAUCAGAAUCAUUUUAAUUCAUCACCACCUUUAAAUUCAACUUCAUCUCCACCAAUCGGUUCCUCUCGACCAACAUCAACAUCACCUUCUUCAUCCUCUUCAUCCUCUUCAUCCUCAUCUUCAUCUUCACCACUCUCAUCUCACUCAUCUCUUUCGUCACCACAACCAGUGACCACCAAAACAACAAAUGAUUCAAAUGGUCAGCAAGGUGUUUACUCAAAUUCCAAUUUUGAAUUUCAGCGAUCUUUUUUUCUUCGCAUGAAAUGUGUUCUAGCCAAGCGAAAUGCUGGACUCACUUCGCAAGGAUAUAAGGUCAUCCAUUGUAGUGGUUAUCUUAAAGUUCGAGUGUUUAAUGUCGAAGGUCUCAACGGAUCAAACGAAACACCCUUUCAAAACAUGGGCCUGUGUGCGGUGGGUCAUUCACUCUCUCCCUCCGGUAUAACCGAUAUCAAAAUGUACAGUAACAUGUUCAUGUUCAGGGCCAGUCUCGACUUCAGGCUAAUUUUUCUCGAUCAAAGAGUCAAAGAGCUGAUGGGAUAUGAAGUUCAAGAACUGAUUGAGAAAACAAUUUACCAAUAUAUUCAUUACAAUGAUCAACAAUGGAUGAGAUUUGCUCAUAUUAAAUUGAUGCAAAAAGGCCAAGUGACCACUAAAUAUUAUCGGUUCUUGACCAAGAACGGAGGUUGGGUCUGGAUGCAGAGCUAUGCCACCAUUGUACAUAAUACCCGCUCCUCGAGACCUCAUUGUAUUGUCAGUAUCAAUUAUGUUCUGGGUAAAGUUGAGCGAAAUGAUCUUAUUUUGUCGAUCGAACAGAUUGAUUCAGGUCAUGGAGCGAAUGCCGUCACUGGUGGUAACAUUCUAAGAGACAUAACGAGCAAUAAUGGUUCGACCUUGUCAUCAUCCUCGUCAUCUUCUUCUUCGUCAUCUUCCUCUUCUUCAAGUUCCUCGUCUUCCUCUUCAUUAACAGUGUCACCUUCAGUGAUACGAGGGAACACCCAGCAUGGAAUCGACAAUCCUUGUAACAAUACGAACACCAACUCAACUAAUAACUUUGUCACAAAUCUCUCGUCAUAUCCUCUAGUAAAUCCUAUGAAAACUUGUGCAUCUCCAUCGCAAGUUACACUCGAGGUCAUAACAAACAUCGCUAGUCCAAUGAGUAAUUCAUCGUCCAAUCUCAAUCAAUCAACUUUGCCUUCACCAACACCGAUAACAAUUAACAGUAUUCCUUGUGCAACAAUAACAGUUUCACCAAGAAAUAGUUCACCAAUAGUUCAAUCAACUUUAUCAUCAUCGAUACCUCAUCAUACUCAACCCAUUUUAGGAAGAUCAGAUCAAGAUAAACCCGUGGAAUCAUCAAUUCUAGAUCAAGGAUUAGUAGUUAAAACCUAUUCCAAUCGAUCAGCACGUAAAAGGCCAUAUACAGUUAGUAAUGGAUCAACUAAUCAAUCUGAACAUGGACUCAACACUUCCCAUAUCAUACAAACUGAUCCUCUGAAAGUAAAUUCUGAGUCUCGGUUACAACCACCCGAUGAUCCAGAAGAAACGGAAAACAAUUAUCAAAAUUAUCUCAAUGAAUCUCAUGGUGUCACCUCAUACAAUAGUGAGGAAGAUACAAUUCCUUGGGUUAAUUCAGUUAUAAGACAAAAUUACCAAAGUUUUGGGUACGAAUCAAAUUUUAUCCGAAAUGAUUUAAUUCCAAUGGAAACCACCGACUAUCAUAAUAGUAACUUUGACCAAGAAGAAGACGAUGAAGAUGAUGAAGAUGAAGAUCAUUCAGAAAAUAAAUACAUUUAUAAAAUGAACACUUCAAAUACCAACAAUCCAAUUGCUACUCAUUUUCAUGAUCAACAACCUGCUCACCAUCAUAAUCACACCAACCACAACAACAACAAUCAUCACCAAAAUCAUCACCACCCGAAUCAUCAUCAACAUCAUCAGCACCACAAUCAACUCAAUCAAUUGACAAAUGUCUCUCCUUUAGGUCAAACCUCAUCCCCAUCCUCAUCCUCAGUACAAUCAACACCAUUAACUGAAUCAAACCCAACAACUACCACUAGUCCUGGUCUAUUCUGUCCCAUUGAACAUAAUUAUAUUCCAACAUCAGCAAUCAAUUCAUUCAGUCAUGAGACUAAUCAACUUUACCCAAUUUCAUCAAAGAAAAAGGUAAAUUUCGAGUCGCCAAUAACAAAUGAACAAUUAACUAAUGAUCAAUAUUCAUUGACGAUACCAACAAAUACAUUUGAAAAUUUGGUUCAUAAUCACCAUUCAGUUCAACUUCAUCAUCAUGGACAAAUUCAUCACCAAUGGUAGCAAUUUAUUCAAUCACCUAAUUAACUUUAAUUUUUUAAUUUCUCUCUUGAUCCUCCACUUGAUUAUGCACACAAAUUAACCUCUUUAAUUACAAUUAAAAACAAAUGCAACAAUAAACUUAUUUCCCUUUUCAA